AUGGGUUCUGAUGAUCCCAAUGCGUUGGCAGCUGUGGAAUUCGAGGUCUACGGACAAGUCCAAGGUUGCUAUUUUACGAAGUACUGCAAGGAGUUGGCUGAACAGCUCGGCAUUGGAGGUUGGGUAAAGAAUUCUAAGAAAGGCACCAUCGUUGGCAAGAUCCAGGGGACUAAGGCACAGUUAGAUCACAUGAUCGACUGGCUCAGCACCACGGGGUCACCAGGCUGCAAAAUCGAGAAGUGUGACAUCACGAAUUGGGAGUAUACCACGAAAAUCGCCUACACGGAUUUUACUCUACGGUUUUAG